AUGUCGACGUACCUCCUUGCUAUCGCCAUCGGAGAGUUUGAGUUUCUCGAAGGUUAUACUAAAACAAACGUGAGGUUCCGAACGUAUUCACGACCGGAAGCCAUUAACAUGACUUCAUACGCCUGCAGCUGUGGCGUCGCGUGUCUAGAAUUUUUCGAGGAUUUCUUCGAUAUCAAAUAUCCUUUGCCCAAGCAAGAUAUGCUGGCACUGCCUGACUUCGCAGCUGGUGCGAUGGAAAACUGGGGACUAAUCACUUACAGAGAAAGCUCAUUGAUGUACGAUGCUAAUAUAUACCCACCAAAAGUUAGAUUCAACGUUGCAGCCACGAUAGCCCAUGAGCUGGCUCAUCAG